AUGCCGAGAGAGCCGGAUUCACUCAGUCAUCAUCGUGCAAAAUGCCCUGAGGAUAGAUUCCUGACCAAGAGGACCGAAUGGCUCCAAGGCCUCAUUAUAAUCAUUUACUUCUCUUAUUUGAGACAUACUUUGGCACAUCCUCAGUGUCUGGACUACCGGCCACCUUUUAAACCCCCUUACCACCUUGAGUUUUGCAGGCACUAUGAGAAAUUUGGUUGCUGUGACCAAAAAGCAGACAACAGUAUUGCAAUGAGAUACUGGGAUAUAAUGGACCUGAUUGGUGAUGAGGCAUAUGCAGUGUGCGGUGAUUUGGUCAAAGAUAUUAUGUGUCAGCUCCUAAUCGGUGGUCUUGUGUCAGUUAUUCUUGAGAUUGAGGAGCCUGCAGCAAACCAUAAUGGUGGGCAGCUUCUGUUUGGUCUAGACGGAUAUCUGUACAUCUUUACAGGGGACGGUGGAAAAGCAGGAGACCCUUUUGGAAAGUUUGGAAAUUCCCAAAACAGAUCAGCAUUGUUAGGAAAAGUGCUUCGGAUUGAUGUGGAUGGUAGCAGUAUAGAUGGGAAGCCCUAUAAUAUUCCUCCAGACAAUCCCUUUCUCGGAGAGCCUGAUGCAAAGCCAGAGGUCUAUGCCUAUGGUGUGAGGAAUAUGUGGCGCUGCUCAGUGGAUCGAGGGGAUCCACUCACUGGUUACGGGAGAGGGAGAAUAUUCUGCGGUGAUGUGGGUCAAAAUCGAUAUGAGGAGGUUGACAUCAUUGUGAAGGGAGGAAACUAUGGAUGGAGAGCCAAAGAAGGCUUUGAAUGCUUUGAUAUGAAAUUAUGCCAGAACUCUUCUCUAGAUGACAUUCUGCCAAUAUUUGCCUAUGGACACCAUGUUGGGAAAUCCGUAACUGGAGGUUACGUGUACAGAGGAUGCGAAUCACCUAACCUCAAUGGUCUUUAUAUUUUUGGAGACUUUAUGAGCGGACGAUUAAUGGCUCUGGAGGAGGUUAAGAAAUCUGGGAGUUGGAAGGAAAAGAAUGUGUGCAUGGGUGACACUAAAACCUGCUCUUUUCCUGGCCUUAUAAAUCAUCACCACAAGUUCAUCAUCUCAUUUGCAGAGGAUGAAGCGGGAGAACUUUAUUUUUUGGCGACCUCCUACCCAAGUGCAAUGUCUCCCUUUGGCACGCUUUACAAAUUCAUGGAUCCAUCCAGGAGGGCACCUCCAGGAAAAUGCAAAUACAAGCCACUUCCUGUAAAGGUCAGAGGGAAGAAAGUGCCAUUCACACCGCGAGAAUUGACUGUGCUUGGCAUAAGUGAAACCCCUACAAGAUCACCACUGGAAAAGAUCUUACUCCCCACUAAACCACCAGGCACACGCCAGCCCACAAGGGCCAAACCCACCACAUCUGCACCAAAGAAAAAAAUUCUGGCCAAAACCACUACAGCAAAGUUGAGCCAAGAAAAGUUAAAGAAGACGACUCAGGCAAAGGAGAAGCAAAUAAACACAAGCACAAAAACACUAAAGAAGGUUCCUCCUAACAAGAAGUCAUUGUUGCAAACCAAGAAGGACAAACAAGCCACAGGAAAGCCAUCUCACAAUCCCAAACUGUCCAUAAAAGGAGCUCCGGAAAAAAAGAAAACUAAACCUCUCAAACCAACAAAACCAAAAGAUGUGACAAAGCCCAAGGUCUGGCUACAAAAGACUGAAAAGACUAAAAAAGAGGUGAAGAAACCCGUGAAGAGCCAACCUAAGGUGACUGUUUCUAAAAAGAAUCAAGACAAAAGCAAAAAGACUAAAAAUAUCCCUUUCACAAAAAAGAGAAAACCGUUUAAAUAA